UGUAAGCAGGUGUUCCCGCGCGCUCUGUGAGUGGAAUCGCCCGGAGAUUGACAGAUUUAACAGCGAUGACGUAGAUUUCGAACCGAGACGAAACUCGCGCGCAGGACCGCAGCCUCAGUUAAAGGGGAGACGCGCGCGAGCCCGCACGGUUUCCGCUGGGGAGUCAACGGCGCGCGCGAGGCUUUGGACGCACGUGAGCUCUUUCCCUGGACUUUACCGGGAUUCCGUGGGGGGACGGCGAUUGUUCGUUGCAGCUCGGGGCGCGUGAAGACGCGCGGCGCCCGCUGAGUAUUUCGGGACGAGCGGCGAGCGGGAAGAGCAUGCAGCGGUUAACGGGACGCCAGGUGUCAGAUUCCGCGGUCAAACUCUCUCGCGUCGAACUUUAAUCUCUCCGAGUAGAAACCUGUCGCUGAGCAGCUCCGCGCAACCCGCAUGGAAAGUGUCCUCAAACAGCCUGCUCGUCCCGAGAAGCAGGGAAUGUUUACUCGGUGUUGAGCCGGGAUGGAUGUGCUGCUGUGAACGCGUCCGAUCUUCAGAAAGAUGCAGCAUCUCCGUGUGGCGUGGGCGCUCGCGGGAGCGGCGGCGGGCUUUUUCCUGCUCUUCUUGAUUCAAGCGCAUUUAUUCGGCGAAGGUCAGCUGGUGGCGGGUACAUGUGAAAUCGUGACUCUGGACAGGGACAGCAGUCAGCCGAGGAGGACCAUCGCCCGGCAGACGGCCAGGUGUGCCUGCAGGAAGGGCCAGAUUGCCGGCACUACCAGAGCCAGUCCAGCAUGCGUGGAUGCACAGAUUGUCAGGAGCAGACAAUGGUGUGAGAUGAUGCCUUGUUUGGAUGACGAAGGCUGUGACCUAUUGGUAAACAGAACGGGCUGGACGUGUGCACAGCCGGGAGGCCGAGUGAAAACAACCACAGUAUCCUGACGCCAGUGGGGGACGAUUUUCCCAAGAGAGGCGCGACGUACGGAAGCACCUCGUCAUUCUCCAAAGCUACAGCGGGCCGG